CCAGGCGCGCCUGUGGCAGGAGAUGUGCAGGGUGGUCUAGCCACCAGCCCUGCCUCCCCUGCGCCCCAGCACGCCCUCUGGCCCACGCUGCAGGAGGCCUGCGGUCCAGGACCUGCCUCUCGGGAACCUCACCUCAGGCGCACUCUUCCCCGAGGGGUUCCUGAAGUCCAUCUCAUUUAAAGCGUUCUGUCGCUCGCCUCGUCCUGGGCUGCUCUAAAUCUCGGGCUUUUGUUUGCACGUCGGCUGUCCUUGCGGCUGUCCGUCCGGCUUUGGAACUGCAGGCGGAGGAGGGCGGCUAACAUCCGGUUUCACGCAGGCCCGGACGCGGCUGAGGACUGGGGCGCCGCGGGCCCACCGGGACCUGGCGGCCCUCCUGGUCCCCGGCGACGGUCGUGCGGUCACGCGGCCGGAGGACGCGCGGCGGUGCGGGACGAGCCACCGAAAGGGCGCCGGGACUGCGCGGCGGCAGGCAGCCUGUUUUCCCGUAUGAUAAAAACAGCAUCUGGCUAAUGAGCAAGGUGUCGAGGUCAUCGAGCGAGUCGGAGGACGUGUGGGGAGCAGAGGAGGAUGACAUGACGGAGGGUGACCUGGGGUAUGGCCUCGGAAGAAAACCCGGUGGCAUUUAUGAAGUUUCAUGUUCGACUACAUCUAGGAGAAGGUCAGAGGAAAAGAACCUGAGCCCUCCUGCCUUUCCAAGAAAGGGGGAAAAAAGAAGCGAAACCGUUUUCCAGUAUCCCGGGAAUAAGGGCUGUGGAGAUGCGUGUGCUCAUGGAUGCAGAGUGUCUGGCUACCAGCGGCAGAGCAGCGCUGAUUCUAAUUCAGACUUGUCAAAUGAACAGUUAAGGCAACGUCUUCAUGAAGCUUUAGAGGAAGUAGAGAUUUUAAAAACUGAACUGGAAGCAUCUCAGAGACAACUUGAAGGUAAAGAGGAAGCACUGAAAAUCCUUCAAAGCAUGGCAGUGCUUGGAAAAGCCACAAGCCACACACAGACAGUCCUUCAAAAAACCAUAGAACAAAAGAGAUCUUUGGAGAAGGAAAUAAAUGCCUUGCGUUGGGAAAUGGAAUUUGAUCAGGAUAGAUUUAAAAACAUAGAGGAAUCUUGGACCCAAAAAUAUGACAGACUAAACUGUGACAAUGCAGUCCUCACAGAGAAUCUGAAGGUAAAGACAGAAGAAAUAAAAAUGCUCAAGUCUGAAAAUGCUGUUUUGACUCAGCGGUACUUGGAGGCUCUCGCCAUGUUGGAUAUCAAGCAGCAGAAGAUGGCUCAGGAGAACCUGGGUCAGGAGAGUGGCUUCACCGAGGUGUCCGGGCUCGAGCUUGCAGUCCUUGGAGCCUGCUUGUGUCACGGUCCUGGUGGGAGCCCCUGCUCAUGUGCCAGAAUGGCAGCAUCUACUCGGAAGCUGGUCCUUCAGCUCAGACAUGAGAUGGAAAUUCUGCAGAAGAGCAAGGAAGAGGCGCUCAUGACGGCAGAUGCAUUCAGAAUUGCUUUUGAGCAACAAUUAAUGAGGAAAAACGACCAGGCCCUGAGACUGACACGCGUGGAUAAGUGUAGAAGAGCAGCAACAUGGACGAACAGGCAACACCUCAAAGAGGACGGAUAUCCAGCACAAAGGAGAAAGAAGACGUUAGGGCAGAGACUGCUGGGAAUACUCCCUUCAGAAAACAGUUCCAAGAGGGCUGAGGACCAGGACAACCUGAAAGAGGUCUUAAAGAUGCUAAGAGAUUUGAUCGCCUCUGUGAAGGCUUCAGGUUCCACAUCUGAGGAGGGGUCAGCGACUCAUUCCAACACAUUGAAGUAUCCCAGGCACUUAGCCACAGUACUUUACAUCAUUAACACAACCUGUGGUCAGUCCUGUUACCCUUCCAAAGAUGGCUACUAAACCAAGACGCGGGCUCAGGUACUCCGAGCAAACACACUUUGACUCUGAUGACGUAUUUAUUUAUAUAUAAAUACAUAAAAACAAGAUCAGAUACAGCUUUAAGUAUUCUUUCAGAAAUACAUCCAUGUUGGGAUUACGUACAUAUACACAGUUGUCCCCAUCUCAAGGUGACUUACAGGAUUAAACAGAAGCAACACAAAGUUGUUGGGUUUUUAAGGAAACGUCUGUUGUUGUACGUAUGUACGACGUAUGUGUGGGAAUGCAUGCCAUGGCACAUGUGGGGUCAGAGGUCAGCUCUGUGCAUCAGGUCUGGUAUUUCUAUGUGAGU